AUCGCAUUACAUCAGCUGAGUGCCAAAAACGGGCAGCAAACAUUCCGAUUUACUGCUAUCCGCUUUGGGGGUCAUAAAACUUUGCUAAUCUCGGUGCCGAUAAGAUAGCGACCGGCAGCAGUACCACAACCCAACUGGCAGCCAAUAUGAGUGCACGGAAUUUGCUGCUGCUCUCCUCGUCGCGAUUGCACGGCCAUGGUUAUCUGGAGCAUGCACGCGCCCAGCUGGAGGAUCUCUUUAAGGCUUGCCAUGUGAAGACGGUGCUCUUUGUGCCGUAUGCACUGAGGGAUCACGACAAGUAUACGGCGCUGGUGCGGGAUGCAAUUGCACCCUGGGGCUAUGCUGUCGAGGGGCUGCACACCAAGGAAAAUCGCGGACAGGCGCUGCGCGAUGCCCAGGCCAUUUUUGUGGGCGGCGGCAAUACCUUUGUACUGCUGCGCACCCUCUACGAGCUGAAGCUGCUGGAGCCCCUGCGGGAGCAGGUGCUGCAACGCGGCCUGCCCUAUGUGGGCAGCAGUGCGGGCACCAAUGUGGCCACUCGCUCCAUUCACACCACCAAUGACAUGCCCGUGGCCCAUCCGCCCAGCUUCGAGGCCCUGGCCCUGGUGCCGUUCAACAUCAAUCCGCACUACCUCGAAACGGACCCAAAUAGCGAUCACAAGGGCGAGACGCGAGACGAGCGUAUCGAGGAGUUUGUGGCCUACCACUCUCGGCCAGUGCUGGGCCUCAGGGAGGGCACCAGUGUGCGUGUCGAGGGCAACAAGGCCACCCUGCUGGGGCAGCGAAGUGCCAAGCUUUUCCAAUCCGAUGGGGGAUCCAGGGAGCUGCCACCCCAAGCCGAUCUCAGCUUCCUGCUGAGCCAGGACUAAAGAAACAACAACAGAUUAUUGUACAUACAUACAUAUACAUUGUAUUAUUCUGCAAAAAUAACAACAAUUCCUACAUACAACUAGCAUCAUAAUCUACAUACAUAUGUGUACGACUAAUAACUAACUAUACAAGAUGGUCAAGAUGGUGGUUCCCGUAGUCAACGUUUUGUAAUAAAUUAAAUGUAUCUCUCAUACAAACAUACAAAAAAAAAACACAUACAUAAGAAUUAGACUGGCGGCAGACUUCUUAUUCGAUGAUCAAAGCGAUGGAGUAGGAGGAGGCGAAUGCGUCCCAUUCCCAUAAGCGAAUAGACACAUUGUGUUUCCGUUAACUUAAUGUAUAAUAUUUUUGUGUUGCUUACGCUCUACUUUGGCAUACAGAGAGAGAGAGGCGCGACAAAGAGAGCUAAAGGCAAGCCGGGUGGCACACAUUUAAUUUUCUUUCAUGUUUCAGUUACACUUAAACCACUAUUAUACAGACACGUAUAACACUUAUAAUUUCUAGCUAGUAGUCAAUGGAUUCUCCUACAGGAAUUCUUCACGUUAAUAUACAUAU